AUUAAGCUGGCCGGAGCCCCAAACAAGCCACACCUAAGGUCGUCCUGGCUCAAGCUGGUCUGACUCGCUCGGACGGGAGCGCGCCCGGCGCGCGAGAGGCCCGCGGAGAUGCCGCGGAGCGCCCAGCUGCAGGAACCGCCGAGCUCGGGCACGAGCAGCAGCGCCGAGCGCUCGGACCCGGAGACCCGCGACUUCUUCCGUGCGUGGCUGAACGGCACGCCGCCGCCCGCGGCCACGGUGGUCGAGGACGACUCGGCCCCCACGACGUCGUCGCAAACGACGUCGGGCAGCGGCUGCGGGGAGCCACAAGGGCCGCCGCGGCUGGAGGAGAGGCCGCGGCUCUCGCGUGGGCAGCGGCGCCGGAUGCUGCGCAACGCCAUUAUGGAACAGAAGAGGGCGCAGGCGCGCGCCCACGCGGAGCAGCAGGCUGCCUCCCAGGCGCAGGCGGCGAGCUCGGGGCAGGCGGCGGCCGGGCCGGCGGACGGGGCCCGCGCCGGGCAGGGGGCGGCGGGCUCGUCGACGGAGCCAUCUGUGGCGGAACAGCGGGAUCACGCGGUGGCUCGCGACGAGGUGGUGCCGCGGGCCGCGAGCUCUGGGGCGGCGAGCUCUGGGGCGGCGGCGCCACCGUCGGGCGCAGCCUCGUCCGAGGACGGGCGCCAAGCCGACCGCUACAAGCUGAGUCUGUGAGAGCGUGGGUGCUCCGAGUCAGUCGAGGCGUUUCACGCCUGCCUCACCGAACUGUGCAGCGGUGCGGGCUCCCACUGUCAGUCGGUACGGCCCUCGCCGAUCGUGGUGUCUUGCGGGUACAGCCCUGAAUGGUACAGUACACAUGGCGGACGUUUCUGGUGGUUGUGGGGACGUUUACGUGGCAUUCAACCUCAUCAGAAAUGUGCGACGUGGGGGUCCCUCCUGAUGGCGCAUGGAGCGUGCAACAACGAGGAUACCAAGGGAAAUAUCAUGGCAUGUGUGUUCGGUACCUCACGUGGAUUGUUAUGUGCAACAUUCUUAUUAUUCAUUGGGUGGUUCGCGAGAUGCAGACGCUGAUAGCCAAGAGCAAGCAAGGCUGCCAAUGGUCGGCGGAUUAUCUUGGGCAUUUGCGACGUUGUGAUAGCAUUCGACCAGAAGCUGCAGGUCACUCCUGGCGCGCAAUCCGUUGCGAACACGCUGAUGAUGAUCCCGUCGAAGGUCCAGGGCGAGAGCGUGUUGUUCCUGAUCGCCGAAGAGGGCAGCGAAAGAUUUGCUGAGAUGGCGCAUGGCGCCCGAUCCAGCGCGAUGCCAGGUCCGUGCGCCGCUUUCAAUAUUCAUACUGUGGCGGAUCAUUGAAUGCAAGCUCUCGUCAACAAGCAUAUUGUAAAACAGUGCGCCGUGGGCGUCCUCCGCGUCGGCGACGACGGUGCGGCCGAAGUUGUUCCGCGAGCACUAGCAAGUCCAAGUGAGUUUUGCACUUGCGAUGGCUGGGCGGCACCGUCAAGAAGACAUUUCCCGAACCCUCUGGCGUUUACAAUGUUGCGAGGUAUUCGCGCGGCUGCAGUAGAUGGCGACUGCGAGUGUGGGGGACAUUCACGCGUGGUUCUAUCGAAGACGUCUUCGACGAAGUCUGUGCCUCCAACAAAAGAACGGGGCUGCAUCUGCGCGUCUCCCGUGCCAAAGUGCCAGCCGCAUUGAAGGCAACGUCGCCUCGAACAUUGUCCGCCUCACCAAUCUGGACGGUGACUUUGUCUUUUAUGCCGUCGGUGACGUCAUCGUCGGCAACGCCGAUGACGACAUAACAUCAACGAACACGAUGAACCCACUGAUAAACCAAAAUCGGCAUAUCUUGAUUGAUACUUCAAUCAUACAAACUGAUACCGGGGACAACUAUUCAUCCUUGGAGGAUUGUCCAAAGACAAAUGGGCCGACGUCCGCAUGGACGGAUCUGGUAUUGCGUAACAUCCUCGGGACAUUGUGUAUUGGGCAUUGGGCAGCCAAAGAUGCGGACAAAUGCUUUUGGGAUGGCUGGUACGAUCGCGAAUCCCAACAUUUUUUCGGCAGAGACAAAUCGACGCGAUGAAUGGAUCGGUUUGUGUUUGUCAACACUCCUGUGGUCUACCAUUGCAAAACUUCGGACAUCUAUUAUCCCAGCCCGUCCACAUGGAAGAACGCCCAACGACUCGGCAAAUAUUCCAGUGGGUCUAACGGAAGAUCUGGUUUAACCGACUGUUUUGGUUCUCGAGCGGGGCUCGGGUUGCCGAGAAUUUGGCGCUCCGCAACUACAACGCGACGCCAGCGGACACCGGGCAGGAUAACGAGUACAAGGCCCACGACCUCGACGCGAGCUGUCCCCAAUUGCUUGGGCGAGCGGGCUAGCCGUUCGGUCAAGCGUUUCGGCACGAUGUGCGCAGGGAUUUGUUCCGCACAAUUUUCUGUGAGGAGCGCAUACAACAAGUGAGGGCUCUUGUUUGACAGAAUAAGAACCUCUCAAAUUGAUCUGUUUUUCCCUUUCAGGAGGGCCAAGCGGUUGGCCGAGACGGCGGAUGCCCUGACGAACUUCUCCUCGUUUCCAGUCGCCCAUCGUAGAAGACCGUUUGCCAUGAGCCCCAGUGCAUAAGUAUGACAGAGUCCAUGUUCGCGCGCGCACGUCG